CGGAACGCUACCACGACCACGUUGUUUCGCGGGUAGUCCGGCGACGAACACGCCGACGUCUGGUUCAUUUCAGUGACGGACAGACCGCCGUCGUCCGAUGGUCUUGCGCGCGCGCUCUUCGAUAUAAUUUUUUUCUCCCUGUUCGAAAAUAGUUUGUCGAUGCUCAAGUCUUAACGUGUGCGCCCCCCGUAAUAUUAUUUCGCGUUUACCCGUUUAUCAGCAAAACAAUAUUGUUAUAAUAUUUAUUUCUGUCGCGUACGAUUAUUAUUAUUAUUUAUCGUAAUAUCGUAUCGGGUGCCUAACACCACUGUGCUGACAUUGUGUUCGAUUAAUAUAAUAUUUGUGAAAAAUUGUUUUCCUACGACCUGAACGAAAAAAAAAUCUCACGUGUUUGUUCCGUUUCCGAGUCGUACGCUGUAUAGUACACAAAUAAUAUAAUAUCGAUAAACGGCGUUUUGCGUGAUAAUAUAUCCACCUAUUAUAACACUCUGCACGUAAUAUCAGCGAGUUGGACUUGUCGAGGUACUUUGUUUUUUUUUCCAAAAGUAAGUACGAUUUGUAUACCUGCCUACUCAUUCCAAUAACGUUGGUACCUAUGUUUCAGCGUUUUAAUCGAAUUGACGAUAAACUAAAAUCCGAAAUGUUACAAUAUUAUCGUCGGAAAAUGUAAAUACGACGAUACUCUUGUCGAUUUUUCGAAAACUGUUUAUAACCCUAAAGUACAUAAUUUUAAUAUCAUUAUUAUAAUGCACGAAAAUUGUUUUAAACGAUUGAAUUGUACAAUAUUAUAACAACCGGCUGAUACGUUUUUCGUAAAUCGGUGACAAACGCAUUAUUAUCAUCACGUAAAUUUCGUGUCAAUAAACAAAAACAUUAACGUAGGUACCUAUAUGUAUUACACGGGACUGUGGUCUUGUUUAUAAGACCGUGCACGGGAUUACUGAAUUACAACAAUAGUGCAUCAUUGUGCAUGCAGUUGUACAGUAGUAAUAGUUCAAACACAAUACUAAAUUAUUAUUAAAACUAAUUUAAUAUUAUUACUUUAUUUGAAAAUAAUAUCAUAAUAAUAUUGUAUUAUAAACAACAAUGAUAAAUAGGUCGGUUGGUAGACAGGUACUCGGUGCACGCAGUAAUAUUAAAAAUAAUAAUAAUGUUAUCUUAUUAAAAUUAUAAAAUAACGAAUGAUAUACGUAAUACGAAAUUGGGCGAAUGUGUCACGAUGUAGUUAAAAUUACGUUGUGGCUGACAAAAUUUCGAUUUCAGAAAAAAACAAAACAAAUUUAGGUUUACAUAGUUGGGUAUAUUAUUGCAAUGUUGAACAAUGUAGCUAUACGGCGUUCUUUUUUUUUUAACUGUUUCGGAGAUUAAAAAAUUAUACCAUGGUACGUAAUAAUCACUUAUACGCGUCUUUUAAAUUCUAAUAAGAUUGGUUGUUUACUGUUAUUCCUUCUUAGAAAGUCGCGAAAACUCUAUGUAAUUUCCUUACGCAUGUCCAAUUUUUUUUUUUUUUUUUUAAUUAAUCGUUUUAAUUGAUAAAUCUAUACUUAAAAAAAAAAAGUCUAUUACGAUAAUAUCGUGGCAUGUGUAAAUGUCACAUAAUAUUUAUUUAUGAUAAAACGGGCUUUCGCCCAAUUAGAAAAGAACACUUAAACAAGCUAUUAUAAUUAUAACUUUUGCAAAAUGUAUAUUCAAAUAAAAUUUCUGCUCUAGCCAGCGUGUAUAUUAUAAUAUUAUUAUAUUAUAUUUUACGCUGUAUAAUUAUAUUUUAGAAGUAAUAUCUACCCGUCUAAAUGGAUAAACGACAGCUAAAUUUUGGCGUAUAGUAGGUUGGUUAGGUAAGGUUAGGUAGGAAACGCAUCCGAAUUGAUGAUAGAUGCAAACGUGAUUUUGAAUACAAAAUGAAACACCAAUAAACCCGGUUUUACAACUUAAGUAUUUGCGAUUUAGAUAAAGUGUGUGUGUGUGUGGUCACUAUAACUAUUCGUUUAUUUAAAUACUGCCGAAUAAAAUAAUUCGAACACGAAAAAAAGUAUUAAACUAAAUCCAACCGGUAGGUUAGGUAACUUUAAUUGUACUGAAUGUUAUUUAUUUAAUUUACUAAAAUAAAAAAUAUUAAACUUGUAUAAUGUCAUUUUUUGUGAUUAGACUCGGUAGAUUCGGAAAAACAACAGUUUCCUCGGUCUAUAUAAUAUUUGAUUUUAAUUUCAAACUCUUUGCACCAAUCAGAAUCGUUUCCCGAAUGCGAUGAUUCAACGUAUUGCUAUCUAAACAAAAUAUAAUAUUUUCGCUAACUCUCCACCUCGAAAACAAUGGACUUGGGGGGUGAUUGCGUAAACGUGUUCCGGCUAUUAAUUAUUCUGAUAUGUUGCCAAAACACAUACACACAAAACAGCAUAGUAUAUUUAAAUUACAAUAUGAUGUAGAUUGUACGUAGGUUAGUAUUUUUUUGUUGCAAUUUUACGAAAGAAAAACCUUAAAUACGAACAUAAGUUAUUUUCUUUUUAUAUCUAACUUUUACGUGUUACGGUAAAUAUGCAAUUUUGAUAUUGAAAGCAUUUGUCAUUACACUCGUAAAGACACUGUCGGAAUAUAUUUUUCCCAAUGAUUUGCGUAUGUUUUUGUGUAUCUACCUAGGUAUAUGGGUAAAUACGUAUACCUAUUCAAUCGCACCUGGUGGAUACGUAUGUUACAUGUAACGUUGAAAGUGAACACAUUUUAUCGUACACGACAUAUUGUAAACAUAUAUUGUGUUUUAUAGAACUUUUUUUUUACAUUUUUAGCAUGAAGCUAUUUAUACUUAGUUAAAAGAAAUAAUGUAUACUUUUUUUUCUAAGAACUUUUAUUUCGAUGUUAAAUUAUACGUAAUUUAUUCGAUGACCUUUGAGGAAUACGUCGAGCACAUCGGAUUUAACCGGUCUAAAUUUUUAUAAAUUUAAAAAAUUACAGUAUACCGAUCAAUAAUAAUGUUGUUUUUUGUAUAAUAUUUAUAUUGUAAAUUACAAAUUGAGUGCAGUGGUUUUAUAUUAAAGCUUCUCAAAUACCAAAAACUAAUAACUCGAAUUGUAAGUAGGUACACAAAUUUGGUUUUCAAUUUCGUUUGACAAUGCGACUUUGUAUUAUUUGAGUUUGACCGGUAAAACCCAGUUCACUCUGUAUCAUGUAUUACAAUAAUUAUAUAUCACGGUCAUUUACUCUGAAAACAUGCGUGUAUGCAAAAUAAAUAAGAAAUUGCUAUAUAAAUACAUUUUAUCAACAGGAUAAUUUUUUUUUAUCACCAAACACUCAUUACUUCGGAAAGUAAUAUUAAUAUCAAAGCAUUUUUUUCGGAAUCAGUGACGUGACGAGCGCUUAUCUUAGAAAUUUGAAGAAGAUUCGAGAGUGAAUAUAUUUGACACGAUAAUUGAAUAAUAUUAUACUCGAUAAUACGAAUAUUAUUGCACAUUAUAAUAUAAUUGAUUAUUAUUAACAAGUAACAAUAACAAUAUUAAUAAAUGAUAUUAUGUCUUCAUAUUAUUACUGUUUACUGAGUUUACGAUUUAAACUAUACACACGGUUUGAGGGGAUCAAAAGAAAAAACAAUUUAUGAUGCGAGUAAUCAGUGACGUCAUUUCAGAUUUUUAGAGGAGGGGCAAAAGUUUUGACCGGCCCAUAUCAAAACUGAAAAAACCACAAGCUCCACUCACUUACUUAUUCCUUACAAUUUAAUUUUUAUCUCAAUACAAAUAUAGCCUUUAUACAUGAUUUUAAACUUACUGUAUCAUACACAAAAAUACCACAUUUUAUUUAAAAUAUUUUACUAAGUAUGUUAAGAGCUUCUAACCUAACCAUUCUGGAUUACAUGGAAAGUGAUACAAGUUCAAUUAUUUUAAGAGUAAUAUUCUCGAAAUCAAUAAAAUAUUGAAAUAUCACUUAUACCUCUUGUGUGUCUAAGUGCCUCAAUUACGUUUUUAUCUCAAUACAAAUAGCCUUUUUACAUUAUUUUAUACUUGCUAUCAUAGGCAUAAAUAAUCCAUUUUUUUUUUUAAGAGAAAACAAUGACUUAAUAAUAAAUGAAUAAUAUGUAGAAGGAUAUCUAAAUAUAUUAUCUAUUAACUACUAUAUUAUUAUGAAGACUUAUUUUGCGGCAAAAAUGUGUGAAGAGUAUAAAUAUAUUAAAAAAAAAAACAAAACAUACAAUACAUUUUUAAAUAUUUAUUAGUGAUUUAUAUGAGCUAGGCAAUAACAGGGUAUCUAUAGUUUUCAUUAGUCCAAACGUGUCAACAGCUUGAUUUAAAUCUAUCAUACUCAUAGAUAAUAGAAGAACAAUUCAAUAUAAUUAUAUAUAAUUCACUUUUAAUCUGCAUAAAUUAGAAAUAGUAGGAUAAAGGUACCCUAUAAUUAUUUACGUAUUAGCACGAGCCACGAAUGAAUAAGGGUUAAAUUUUAUUUAGCAAUGACAUAAUUGAUGUUUACGGCUUAAGACACAAAACUAGCCCAUGCUCGGCCCGACAGCGGCCUGUUAAUGAUAGAAGGGAACAAAUGCCUACCCUGCCUCCCCACAAAUGACGUCAUUGUAUAACAGUAGUUUUAUUUUGUUCUUUUUAAUACAGAGUGAUUUACUAAACGUGCUCACCCCAUUUUUUUGUUUAAAUUUUUGUUUAAGCCAUUUGAUGUCCUGGACAAAAUUUUGCAACCUCCCCCUCUUGAAGCAUUAUAUAAUAGACUAUUAUAUUUUAGGUAUACAAUUUACUAUAUUAUAACUGGGUAUUAAUUAAUAUUUAUACACUUAAACAUGUUACCGAAAUAGGGCAUUCCAGUGAAAAUUUACUGGUUGCCUUUUUUAACAAUAGGCCCUAUAAUACUUAUCAAAUGUGUUCGGUAUCUAACAAAUAUUUGUAUUUGAUCGUCUUGGUACCAAAAUAUAAACACACCUUAAUCGAAAGGUUCUUAAUUUUAACCUUUACUAAAUGUUUUUGUGCAUAACUACAUUAUUUGAUUAUUCUCUAAUAAUAUUAUUAUGAUUUAAUGGAAAUAUAUACUAAGCUCAUUAAAAUCCAGAAAAUAGUAGAUAUUUUAAGUAUUUAAUUUUGAUCAUAUUCAGUAUUAAAUUAUAGUUACUAGAAUUCCAAUACCCAGUUCCAGAGUAAUAAUACCCUACGAGUUUAUUUACGUUUAAUUCCAGACGAUCAACAACAGUAAUUAGUAUAACGGUGUUAUACUAUACCGACUUUAAUGACUUAGCGUAAGUCUAGCGAUGCACUCCGUUAUUAUGAUAAUAAUUAAUAAUAAUUCGCCAAAACUACGAGUAGUAAUUAGUUUUUGAAAAUAUUUUAUCUUUAUCAGUUUAUUAAACACUAACAAUGAAAAUAAAUUAAUCGACAUUCCUAUAUAUGACAAAUACUCUUAUUUCUUAGUAUUUUACAAAUUAUGCAAACAGCAAUUUCGUUUAUCAAAUACUCUCCUCUAUAAUUAUUUGUUUGAAAUUAAUGUAUAUUAGUUGAUAUGUGACUAUUGUCCAGAUUUUACGAAAUUAGAGAAAAUAUUAAAAUUUGUUUACAUUUUAAUGACCACCUUAAUGUUAAUAAUAUUUUUCCACCAAUCUACUUCUCUAUAUUAUUAGCGAAAAGGAUAUGACCGUUUUUACGAACGGAUUUAUGACGUUAUUGAUCGAAAAGCCAGAUAAAACUGUAAGAAUUGCGUUUGAUAGAUUUCAAUUAUGAAAACUUAUAGAAAUUUUGUAAUUUGGUAUUAUCUAUCUUAGAUUAUCAGCGUGUAUGCACCAGGACGUACCUGCAAUACAUACAUUUUAUUUAAUCUAAUUUCAUGUAUGGAUUUAGUCUACGUAGGGGUUAGUAUCGGCCUAUAUUAUUUUUUGUUCACAAUCUAAUUCUACGUCUAGAACGUAUCUAAUCUAUAUUUGUACAAAUCGAAAAUAUAAUUUCACAGAAAAAAAUAUGGACCACGCUGUAGUAACUUGUAGUUUUCUAAUAAAAUACUAUUACAAUUUGUAAUUAACAUUUUAACGUUUUAUAUCAUUUUCGUGUAUUGCAUAUUGUAUACAUUUUGCUUUCAAUUAAUGUAAUAGGUGUAUUAGUAUAUUAUAGUAUUAUAUACUAUACUACUAUAUAUUAUAAUAUAAUUUAGUUUAUUAUAAAUACAUUUUAAAUAAUAAUAAUUCAAUUUUAUACUGCAUAUUUAAUAAUUAUUGUAUUCAAUUCCAAUCUUUAGUCAUAAAUAUAAAGGUCAAAUUACUUCAAGUACAUUUUUGAUUAAAGGUUUCAAAAAUCCAAUUAACUUUUUUAUGAUUUCUAUUAAAAUAAUUAAAUUGUAGUUCCAGCAUCUCUAAUAAACGAAUGAAUAGAAUUAUAAUCAGCUUUUAAACCCAUUAAACAUAACUUGUAAAGUUUCAUCGAUAUUUUUGGUCUAAAUCGACUAAAAUAUACACUGUUACUAAUCCUAUUAUAAAAACAAAUAAUUAAGUAGUUAGGUAGGUAGUAAUAACUAAUAUUAAAUAUUUUUAAAAUAAUGACACAAAUAUAAUUUUAACAAAGAACUUUUUAGAUAUUGCUAUCUGCACUUGUUGAUACUUACUCAAAAUGAUACCUACCUAUAUAAAUAAAACGGAUUAAUGUUUAUAUUUGUUCAAUUAUCAAUGAGUAAAUUUUAAUAUCAUAUAUUCACCAAAGAUAAUGCGAAAAACAAAUAAAAAUAAAAUAAAAAGAUACGGAAAUACUUCGCAUGAUGGGUGGGCUACUUUUGUAGGUGAGAAGUUGGGAAGGUAGGGUACAGAGGGGAAUUUAAUGUACAUCUGUACGCAACGAUUAAUCUUUGCUAAUAAAAAACGAUUUGAUGAAUAAAAUAAUGUUUAAUAUGUUUUUAAUUGUAUAACGAGACAUUAUUAUCUUAGGCAUUAUUAUUUGCGACCCGUUUUGUUUAUUAAGGAUAAUACAAUUAUUUCAUACGUUCAGUAAAUAAUAUAAUGAUUUUUGAAAGUUCAUCAUCAUAUUGUAUCGACAGAUUAAAAGUGUUAAACAUAGGAACGUAGAAUUUCUAUGUAACUCUUAUAGAAAAAAAAAAAAAAUGAACCGUCAGUUAAAUUUUCCGAUUAAUUUGUUGGUAGGUAAGUAUUAUUGUUUCAAAAAAAAUAAUAACAAUAAAAAGCCAGCGAAAGUAAUAAAAUAUGUUUACAGUUAGUGGUUAUGCAUGUAUUAUUAUGUAUAUUAUAUUUGCAGCUGUUGUUAAUUAAUACUGAAAUUAUUCGCCUCUUUCAUUAUUAUACUAUUAUAAGUAUAGGUAUAACACUAAUAUCUACUGUACUAAGUACUAAUACACUACUACUAAUAUAAUAUGCAUUUAUUUAAUUGAAUAUAUGCAUCGAAUAUAGCAAUAUCUAGGUACUCGUAUUGUAGACGGUAUUUUAUUGAAUUUGAUACUAAGCGAAGCGAUGGUAGGUUUUAUUAUAAAUUCUGUUAUGAUGCGGUAUUUUUUCACGCGUAAAUGUUUUUUUUUUUUAUUCUUGCAUUGAACACGCAACUCAGCAACUUUAAUGAUAUAUUUUUAUAACCUCAUUUUUAACUCAAUAUUAUGAUAUUUUAAAGAUUACGCUCUUCGAAUGGGUUAGAAAAUGGCAACAAAUUAUAAAAUUAACAACUGCAGGUUAACAUUCAUGUUCUAAGCUGUACUCAAAAAUGUUUCAAAUGCAAUAAUUUAUCAUUGUCAUUUUGUUAAUUUAAAACAAAACAGUACGUGUAUACUAACUAUUAUCUAAAAAGAAUGUCUGCUUUUUGUUUUAGUCGAUAUAUUAUAUGAUUUUUACAUUACAAAUACAAAUUUCAAAUAUACUACAGAUACUUUAAUACAAUACAUUUGUAAAUAGCUAAGCUAUUAUCUAUUGGAAUAGGUAAUAAAUUAUAUAGACUUUUAACGUUAAAGAUAAAUUACACAUUAUUUUAAAAAUAAAUACUUAAGUACCUAAAUUAUAUUAUAAUAUUAUGCAAUAGGCAGCUAAGUACCCAUAUGCAUUUUGUAUGUGUUAAUUAUGAUUUUUAAGAUUUCGGUUGGAUACAAAAUCCACGUUCUUCCACUAUUCUUUUAACUUUUUUAAAAGUGGUACUUAACUACAUUUGUUUAGAAUAAAUGGUUAGUUUUCGUUAAAUGCGUAAUGAUCAUAUUGCUCAUACAGGGUGUUAAAUUUUAAUUUAUCACGAUUGAAUUGAAAGAUGAUUAAAACUUUUAUUUGGAUAUACACGAUAUACAAGUAAAAUAUGUUCAUUUUUUCUACAAAGUUUUAUAAGAUUUGUUUUACUUAUUUGAAUUGAUUUUGCGUAAAUACGAGUACACCACACCUGUUCCUACAUUUAAUACCUAUAUUUUUCAUUUAAUGAUACGAAUUUUAUUUAAGACUGAGCAUUAUUAUAACAGCACAUCAAAUUUAGCAAACAUAAUUUUUAUUUUAUCAAAAUAUAAGUCUUGUUACAGUUUAACACUCAUAUUAUCGUGUUAAAUAGCCACAAAAUUCAGAACAAUAAAAUGUACAGUUUAUACCACCUAUUAUACUUGUUUAUUCGAUAUUAUAUAUUUUAUUAUAGCUGUCAUUUUCAGACGAUAUUUCAAACAUUAUAGUCAACUUAAAAUAACCUUCAUUUUAACGGUAUAUAGGUACUUAAUGAUAUUUUGGUAUUCCAGUUUGUGUGCAACAAUAAUGAUGCAGUUGAAAUAAAGAAUAAUAUGAUCACUAUAAUAAUAUAAUAAAUAUAUAUAUUUUUUUUAAAGAAACAAUCAAUGCAAUUGUAUUAUUCUCAGUUAUAUUUUAUCAAGAUAUCAACUGGUGAAUUGAAUGCAUUGAAUGCAUAGCAUGUUUUCAAAAAAAAAAAAAAAGUUUUAUAGUUAAUUAUUAUAAUUUUUUUUUUUUUUAGUGUUCAUCGGUAUCAUUAAUUUUUGUUUUGCACUAACGUAAUAUGUUUGCCAAAAUGUAUAAAUCUGUGAUCAUGCAUACGCAAUACAUAUUUAUUAUAUAAUUUAUGUCUGCGCCAAUAUAGUUAUUAUAAAAAAAUGAUUAACAUUACGCUGUAAUUAAUUAUAUAGAUUUUGAUUUUUAUUAAAAGAACAUAAACAAAUAUUUUAUUUUUAAUAAAAGCUUUAAAAAGUUAAGGCAUAUAGAAAUAUUUGAUACAAAUAAAAUAUAAGUAAUAUUGUUAUUAGUUACGCUUAUAUAAAUAUUAAACUAUUUAUAACAUGAUUUAUAGAUGAUGUUAGGUUUGAAAUACAAAUAAAAUAACUAUAGUAUAUUAUAGUUAUAGUAAAAUAUAUUACACUUAAAACUUACCUAUUGUAUAUAAUUCGGUAUGAUCUUUUAUAAUGAAAUUACCACCUGCGUGUUAGUAUAAUUGUAAUCUUAAACAAUUUAUCCCCUUUACACGAAUAUUAUAGUAUAUUGAGGUAAAUAUGUUUUUCGGUUUUAUUUUACGAAUAAAAAUUACCUACUACAAAACAAUUUCAAUACAAAAAAUCACGUACCUAUUAUUAUAUACAUUUAUAAGUACAGUAUUAUAUUCCUCUCUUAUGUAGUAAUUUAUACCUAAUCAAAAAUAUUUUGUUGAAUCAUAUCAAUAGUAUAUUAGUCAUAAUACAUCCAAUUGCUUAGAAAUGAUUAAAAAUAAUUUAUUUACUAAUCACUUCAAAUAAUAUACCUACCUAGUAGUUAUUAGUCCGAGACUUCACUAUAGGUACCUAUCCAAUUGAUAAACUUUAGGCAGCGGUUUUCAAAUUGUGGUACGCCUACCAUUGGUAAUACAUGGUAGGCAAGUGGUGUUAGUACAGAAAAUUCAUACAUAUUUUGUACAAGUAUUUUUAACGGAUCUAAUAUUAUUUUAUACUUUGUGUAAAAUUUGUUGACAAAUUUAAAAAAAAACUUUAUAAAUAAUAUUUAUUGUAUUCCUGUUUUAUUUUACUAUCUUAUACUCGUAUACCGUUUUUAAAUAAUUGUAUAGACAUUUCAAAUAGUUUAACUUUUAGUCAUACGUAGUAUAUAACGUCAGAUCCAUAAUGCGCAUAAAUGGUACGCGAAAAAAAUGUUACAUUGUAAAAUGUUUAUGUUAAAAUGUUAAAAAAAAUGUUUUUUUUUUAAAAAAAAUGCGUACCUCUGUUCUAAAGAAAAGAAGAAAGUACAUUUUAACUAUAAUUGAUAUCAACAAAAAACCAUUUACAUAAACUAUGAAAUACCCUCCAUGAGUAAAUCAUCAAUCUCUACCAAUGUUUCAGUUUUUUUAGGUACUUGAUUAAACUAUCAAAUUCUAAUUUCUAUUUUUAUUUAUAAUAUUUUAUGUUUAUAUUUUAUAUUUAUAAUAUUUGUAUCGUAUGCACAGUAUCAUUAUUUCAUGGGUUAGCUUUCAAUAAAUAACAUUAAAUCAUAUUAAAUAUUGUAUUUAAGAGGAUAAAAUUAGUAUUAUUUAUCUAAUGGGUGAGACAAAACGUAGAACUACAGCAGUGAUCUAUCUAUACGAGUUAAAAAAAAACAAAUGUUCCAAACUUUAUAACUUACAGCUUUUUUUUAACUGCUUAUGUUUUUAAAUAAAGGCUAUAUGUGGUAGAUAUCCACGACGAUCCUAGGCAAAUAUCCUUGCAUCCUCAAAUGGUUUAUCCUAGGUGUUUAAACUCUAAAUUUACCCCCCCACCAAAAAAAACCUACACAAUUGUUUAAUAAUGUAAUUUAUUAAUACCUAUAAUAUUAUACUGCUCGUUAGAUACGAAGAUACAACAGCAGUAUACCGUGCGGGUGUGGCGUCCUUUUAUAAAACACCAGUUUAGGUACACGAUUUAUCAUUAUAGGUAUAUUACUAUAUAAUAUAAUUAUAAUAAUAAUUAGUAUAUACUAUGUACUACAUAUUAUAAUAAUAUUAUGCAACUAAUUCAUUUUUAUCUGAGAAGACUAUUGAUAAUAUUAGUCGUCUUUGUUAAAAUAUAAGCACUCGAGAUAGUAAACAAAUAAAUGACAUUAAUUAAGGUAAAUAUCUUUAUUGGUACACCUGCAACUCUAUAAUUAUGUUAAUAUGUUUAUAACAUUAUUAUACUGUGUCAACCAGCUACAGUGUUAACUUUUGAAUACCUAUUUAAAAACGUCAGAUUGCCAAGUUGAAUCGAUACUAGAAUUGCAAUAAGAAUUUUGAAAAUUAAUCAUGUUUUGGCUUGUUCAAGGUUAAGAUAUUUUUUCAUACGGACGGCUAGGCAUAAUAUUUGUUUGAUUGUUCAAAUUAUGUUUGGUACCGUCAAUGUAAAAUAUAUUAUGUGCCUAUGUAGAAACGUACUAUUCUAUAAAUUCAUAAUCGAUAGAUGAUGGACAUAACUGAUACUAAUCUCUAUGACUAUAAAUAAUAUAGUAAGUAGUAAUAGUAAUAAAUUAAUAUAUCCGUUUAAUUAUAACAAAAUAAUUAUUAAUUAAAACAGUUUAUUUGUUUUAAGAAGGGAUUUCUUCUUUUUUUCAAUUUUCUACAUUUACUAUAACAAAAGUAAUACUUAUAGCUGUAUAUCGUAGUACUCGUAGUGUAUCUUAUGGAGACUAAAAUAUAUUGAAAUUAAACAGAAAAAAAUCCACUAUAAUUUUUUUUGUGAUAAUUAUAAGGAAGUUCUACGACCGAAAUUAUUAUACACACCGUAGGUCUUAAUGGUCUUAUAGGUUAUAGAUCUGUGAUGUUAACCUUGGAAUACCAAUAGAUAUUCGCAUAAUAUAAUAUUACGUUUUAACAACGUAGCUAUUAUAGGUAUUGUUUAUUAUCCUAUAAGUAUAGUUACAUAGUUAAUCAAAUAUAUUUUAUACAAUUAUUAUUUUUGAAGACAAACUGUUUAAAAAAAAAAGACUAUGGAAUAAACAGAAACAAAACUUUGGGGCUGGUAAAUAGAUGCAUCUUAUACGUUUUUACAACAUUUUAUUAUAGAAAGUAUGUAUACUAUAACAUACCAAUAGUCAAUACAUAUUAGUGAUCAUCAUACCAAUAUACAUAAGGUCUAUAGCAAAAAACUUUUUCCACCAAUUUUGAUAGGUGCCUGACAAAAAAAAUGAAGGCCAAUUUAAUAUUAUAUUACCCAAAUGUGUGCUGUAUUGUCGCCGUUGGAUACCGAUUGGGUAUUAUAAUAGUACAUGUCUUUCAUUACAAUUAUUUAUUUUUCGUUACUCGGCAUUAUAUGCGCGUAUGUACUAGCUGGCAAAAUGGAUUCCUACGGACAAGGUUGAUACCUAUGACGAGGGCCAUAAUUUAUAAUAUUAUACUAAGAUUCAAUUAAUCAAUAUUAAAUUAAUCGUAUUAUCAUAUUAGCUGCAUAUUAUUUCACGAACGUCUCAUCACACAAAAAAAUUCUAGUCAAAUCCAUUAUAUCUAUGUAACGUCACUAUAUGAAUGGGCAGUGUUGGGAAAGUUCCUUCUAAAAAGGAAUUUGUUCACGUUCCUCAUUCCUUAUUUUAAAAAAUAACUCGAUCCUGUUUCUUGUUCCUUUUAGCGUUUCUUUUUUUUCUUUUAUGAAUAUCAUGUGAAUACUUAAUAUACUCAAAAUAAUUUGUUUACAUUCUUAAUUUGAAAAUAUGACUGAUUAAUUGUAUUGAAUAAUACUUUGAAAAUAUAUACAUAUUUGACAUUAAAAAUUUUAAUGAGUUAUUCAUCAAUCAUUUCACACUUGUGGAGAUACUUAAUUAAAAAAAAAAACAUUUGUGUAGUCUGAAUUGAUCAAGUCAAUUAAAAUUAGGAACUAUUUUUACUUCUUAGAAUUUAUAGACAAUAUUAUCACUAAUAUAACAUGUGUUUCAUUUUUUUUAUUUUCGUAAUAGAAGAAACGGAAAUUUGUAUUCAUAUUAGGUGAAAUAAUAAAUAGUCAAAUAAUGACUAAAAUCCAAGCCGGUAAUAAAUGUUAUUUCGAUUUGUCGAUAAGUUAACUAAGAUAACGAGUUUAUCAGAAUCCAAAUAUCGUGGAAGAUAAUAGCAAUAAGAGACUAAAAUGAAUAGGAGUAUACGGUGUAAAGGGAGAUCGUUGCUAAGAAUGGUACUAGAAAGAUGAUUCAGAUGACGAUAUAUUGGCAAAGGAAGAUAUGGGAAAAGUAAAAUUAAAAGUGAAUUGGAAGGAAUUAUCCUUAAUAGAUACAGGUUUCCUACUGGCAAUGCAUGCGUGUAUGAAAAAUAGUGUUAAAAUAGUUAUGAUAAAUUUGUAUACAUGAAAUUUUAAAUUAAAAGUGUAUUUGACUAUUGUCGAAUAAAGGGGAUUGUGGGGAAAUAACCCCCAUGGAUCUUUGAUGUGUCGAUAAUUUUAGCAUCUCCAAAGUUGGUGGUCUAGUUGCGCCUAUGAAUGUAACAUUUUACAUAUCAUUUUGUCGUGACUAAUGUAAACAAUAUAAUGCAGUACUUAUUUAUUAUGUAAUAUCAAAUGAUGAUGACCAAUCUCGACACGAUUAAAAUCGUUGUUAUCUUAUGUGAGGCAUGACGCAUAACAUGUAGUAUAUAUACAUAUGUAUAACAAAGUAGUUUAUGAAUCACAUCACGUUGUAUGAUUGUUGGUUCUUAGGUAUACGAUGUAUACAAUGGUAAAAUGAUAAAAUACAAGACAUGUAGAAGGAAUUAAGAAUAGAUAUUGCUCUUGGAUAAUUAAACUUGAACCUAUCCGGAUGUCAAAGCAACUGUUCGUCUUAAACGUCCCGAAACAAAGAAUAAUAUAAAAUGAAAGUAAAACGUGUUGGUACCCUACCUACCUAAUACUUAUUUCUAUAAUAUUACAUUACCUAUUAUAAGGCUAAUGACUGCUUUGAGGUUGCAAGGUCGAUAAUUAUUUUAUUUUAAUAAGUUUUAAUUUUUUAUCGCCGUUUCGUUAAAUUUAGACAAUGCCAUCACGAAUAAAAUAUUUUCAAUAUUUUUAUUAAUUAUUAUACUUUCAGAGCUUGUUUAAAAUAAAAAAUGUAUAAAGGUUACCGAACAUAAAAUUGCAGCAGUAGUUGCUGUUGGAAUAUUAUAAAUUAUACAAAACUAAACAUAUUGAUAUUAUAUAGGUAUUAUUACAAACGGUUUGAUAACAAAACAAAAAAGAAAUAUUGCAAUGUAUUAUUAUAGAUUAUAAUAAAAUUUAUCUAUCUAUAAACGAUAUAGGUACCUUGAUGGUUUGUUAUUGCUAAAUAUGGUCAAGAUACCUCCUAAUAGUAUUACGUAAGCGUCAAUGCAACUAUACAUAAAAAAAAAAAUACAAGUUUACAAAAAUAUUUAAAAUUCAAAUAAUUUCAAAUUUAUUUGAUUUUUAUUAAUGAAUAAAAUAAAAUGUACAUUAUAAUAUUAUUGAUGCAUACAUGUUUUUAUUAUUAUUAUUUUUUAACAUCAUGUGAUCUGUGUUACACGCGGAUCAACAAGAAUAAUUAAUUAAUAAAAUAUAUUAAAAUACAGAAUUUAGAGCCCUCCCAGUAAAGGUACUACGAUAUGAUUAAAUUUUGGUUAGCAGAUCACGGCAUCAAUGCCUUUUUAGCGUUUUAUUUGAAUAGCUAGGAAUAGCGAUGGAAAACAGUUCAGAGAUCAAAGAGUUUUUGUCGUGAACUAAGUGACUAUUAAUGCAUUUUGGCUGUUUUGAUAAUACACGGCACUUUAAGAUUAAAAUGAAGAGUGUGGCUGGAAACGUAUAAUAAAGCUUUGGAAAUAGCACGUUGGGUUUUCAUGAAUAAAUAAAUAAUUAAUAAUCAAACGAUUAAGGGAAAUAUUUUGUCUAAUAUAUACAUAGUGUGUAUUCCACCGUGUUCAACGAACUUUUCUAGAACUAGAAUAUUCAAUUUUUUAAAUUUUUUUAUUUUCAAUCAAUCUACUUUUCAUUGGGGAGAACAUAAUUUUACAAACAAAUUAAAUUUUUAUUUUUAUUCCUAAUCACUAAAAAAAAUAACUAUUUACUUACUCACUCUAUACAAUUUUCAAAAUAUUCAUUUUUUAAAAAGAUAUUGUUUUAACCAUUUUAAUGUAUCAUAUGGUAUAAUUAUAAACUAUCAUUAAUUUUCAAUUUAAACAUUUUCAAUUUAUAACACGAAACAAAUCAAGUUAUUCUCUAUCGCACUACGCAAUAGUCUCACUGUUUACAUUUUCCUUCUAGAAAAUAAAACUGCGGCUGUUUAAGAAAUUAUUGAUUAGAAAUUAACGUGUGUAUGAUAUGUUUUAAUUUUUAAAAUAUAUUUAACAUUUUGUAAUGCUAAUGAAUAAUUUUUUUUUUUUAUAAAUCAGGGAAAGAAAAUACAAAUUUGUCUCUAAAUAAAUUCAUUCCUUAAAGAAAAUUGAAAAAUAAAAAUUAAUAACAAAUUGAAUAUUAACAGCUCUAGAAAAAUUCGUCGAACACAUUGGAACACUCUGUAUAUAAGUACCUAAUAUUAAAUCAAAUAAAUUAGUCGAAUUUUAGAUUACCAAGUAUUAUAAUAAAAUUAAUACAAGUUUAGUAUAUAGUUAGAUAUCUUGGUAUAAUUCCUUACCAUAUCAUUACGAUAUUAUAAACACCUACGUAAGUAAAUAUAUUUUUUUACAGCCCAUUCAGAUGCCUCACAAGUCCUCGGUCGUACGUGAUGAUCACGUUUAUAACCUAACCCGUUCUAGUCAUGUACUCCAUACUUACUGUAUUUUAUUUAUGUCACAUGAAAAGUCAAAAGGGUUUAUCUAGUAUACGGGCGUUAAAAAUGAAUACUAUCUUAUCCGGUAGAUAGUAGGAGUAGGCAUAGGCACCUACCUAUACGUAUAGGUAUAGCAUUAAAGAAAAACUUAUUACGGUUGAACAACUUAUGUUGCUGUAUUGCCAGGCUUAUACUAUCAGGUAAUUUGAAUCAUUUUCGAUGUGUUCUUUUAUACUUAUACUGUUUACUUACUUAUUAAUGAUACAUUUAAUACUCUAUAAUAAAUCGCAUUAAAUAACUUAAACAGUUGUUUAGCUUAGCAGUUUUAUCCGUCAUUAUGUCGAACUGACAAAAAACUAUAGGUAGGUAGGUGCCUACCUAUAUUACUGAGUUCAAUAUACAUAAAAAUAUAACCUUAGUUAGGUUUUUGUUUUCGAUUUUUUUUUUCAAAUAGUAUUAAAUAUUUAAAAAAAAUCUAAAAACCCCUAUCCGAUAUGUUCGACUAGUGAAAAAAGUUUAUUAGCCUUCAUUGCAUUUAGGUUUUAAUAGUUGCAAGUAGGUAUGUGUCAUAGCAAGGUCAAGGUACCUAUUUUUAGUUAUUUAAAACAUACAUUCCUUCCUAGAGUUAUAUUUGUUAUAUACGUUGAGUUUUCGUAAUAAUCUCUAUAUUUUAUUAUUAAUUAACGGGUAGAUUCACAUAACUGCAUGAUAUAUACUAAAUCGAAUAAGUCACGAUAAAUGGAAAUUUGUCAUUUUUAUACAGAUAAGAAAAAAAGAUAUAUCAUAAGCAAUAUUCAAUACUCUUUUCUAAAAAAAAAUAAGUUUUAAAAGCUGCAGUUAUUUAUAUUAAUAAUGGGUGAUAUCAGAUUAUUUUUCUUUUAAACGACAUAGCCGGAAAAUGUGUUAUUUUUUUUAAAGAACGAGGUUAGAUUAACUGUUUCAUAGUGGAACGGUAAUUCUACCGGAGGGGGGAAGAGUUUAAUCUUUGAAUUAAUCAAAAUGACUCAUCUUCGUGAGAUUUCAACCUACUACCUAAUGUAAAUGCACUAACAUUGGAAGUCAUAUUAUUAGUGGUUAUCUAAAGCCUUGUGCAAACUGUGAAACAUGAACUAACGAUAAUAUAAAUUACUGGCGAAAAUUGGUAGUGUAAUAGGCGCGAAAAAUCGAGUCAAGAUUACGAAUGUCGAUAUUGUUCGUCAAUAUUAUAAUAAUAUACUAUAAGUAUAACAGGUGGGCCAAAACAACUGUCACUAAUAAUAUGUGUCACCCCUGAUCCCGUCAUUGUUAAAUUAAGAAACCAGUAUUACAUAAAAAACUAUUUUUACAUUUUUUUUUUUUUAUCUGGGUCAUAAUAUUAGUAUAGUACGAUGAAAUUAAUUGCAGAAACUCGUGAAUUUAAAGGGUCGUGAUAUAUCAUAGACACAUAAUAAUAUAAUAAAUUAUAGAUUAAGACCGACUGACCAAAAUAUAAUAUACGUGUACGAGUAAUCACAGUCGCAACAUUAUAUAUUACAAAAUAAAUUGAAUCUAAUUUCAGUCGAGAUUCGUGCACGGUGGUUACAACAAGAAAGACUAGGCGAUUGACCCGGUCGCUUAUUUUGUCGCUAUACGCAUAUAUGUAUUUAUCGAACCUCAAAGAACUAAUCAAAUCAUCAUAAAAUAAAACAAUAUUAUUGUGUAUACAUUUUUUUUCUCUGGAAACUUUUUUCGUAACAACCAUAUCUAUUCAAAAGAUUUCAUCUGUCAAAUUUUUUCAUUUUACAAUAUUUAUUUUAGAUUUGGAAUGUGACAAUGAGGAAUGUAUAUUGGUUUUACAAUGAUGUUUAAUUUUUUUUAUCUGUGAAUAUCUUUUCUACCAGAAAUCUUAUUCUGAUUUUCAAGUGUUGUACUUUUUCUGAAAAGAAAUUUUAUACUUUAUGAAGGUUAUUUUGUGGUUUUUAUUUACAGGGGAAUCCCGUAAAAAACGUAAGAAAUACGGAAAAUUUUACGUACAUGUAUAAAAGAAACAGCUCCAAAUUUAACUCUUUUUCAUUAGGAAUAAUUGAUUGUUGCAUACAUAUAUACAUAUAUAUCGUACAUUAAAUUCUUCUUUAUAUCCUACCUUCUUAGCUUCUCACAUACAACAGUGUCCCACCCACCGUACGAAAUAUUUCCGUAUUUUUAUUAUUAUUUUUAACUAUAUUUAUUUUUAAAAAUUCAAUUAUGGGUAUCCUACUCAUACUAUUAUUACAAUACGAUAAUAAAAACAAUUUUAGUCAAACCCAUAUUUCCGGAAUACGUAUUGAAAUGUACCGGAUUUUCACUGAUUAUAUAAUAUAAUAUAAUUAUAAUAUAUAUUAUGCAUUGGCAAUAACUUGCACGUAUAGCGUGAAAUCAAAUUUAAAAUGUUAAUACCAUUACAAUAAUAGGAGCGUACAAAAGUAGGUAUACUAACAACAAUACAUUAUUUUUAAAGUAGGUCGAAAAUAUUGGUCAAUUUAUAGAAAAUAUACCAAAUAAUAUAAUACAAUUAUAUUCAUGUCGCAUUUGUCUUUUAAAGAGCUUUUUAUUUUAGUUUGAACAAAACUAUAUCAGUUAAGACCGUAAAGAAUACAGCAAUAUUAUACAUAUAAAACAUGCGGUUUUAUUAGUUUAAAUCUAACUAGAGCUGUUGUCAAAAUUUAUUCGUAGCAUAAUUCUUGGCUACAAUUUUUAUUUUAAACAACGAAUGUGUCUAUUAUUUCUUUUUUAAAAAAAUUGUACUCAUUAACACUUAUACGUAUAAACUAAAUAUAUUUUACAAAUAUCAAUAAAAUAAUACCAAUCAAUAAUUAAAAAGCUGAUACUGCUGAUGUAUAUACGACUAUUGUAGGUGGGAAGAUAAGAAGGCAAGGUAGAUAAUGUUAUAUAAUGUUAUUUAAUUUAUAUAAUGAUAAAUCAUUGCUAAUGAAAUGCAAUUCUAAGCAAAGUUCGAUAUUAAACCUAUUUUGAAAUUCCGUGAUUUUUACAAUUAUUCAUUUUAUUUACAAAUAUUCGUACAUAUUCUACCACAUACAGAAAGGGCUAAUUUAACACAUUAUUAUAAAUUUCAGGGCUCUACAAUAUUAUUCUUGGCCUAAUUACAAAAAAAAAUAAUAAUAAGCCGUUAUUUCCGUAAACUUUUCCGUUUAUCCUGCGUUUUGUACGUUUUCAUCAGUUAUUAGAAAAACUGCAUGAAAAGUCAAAAAAUUACCUCAAUACGCAAACAAGAUCUUAAACACUACAAAAAAAAAAUGUCUUGUCGUGUUUUUAAUGGAUAGAUUUCUGGUAGAAAAGUUGUUCAAUGCAAACGUAUCAUAAUAAAACCUGCAAUAUAUUCCUCGCUGCCUACACAAUAAUACAUCCCACAUAUCCUUAUCUUGUAUAUACAAAUAGUAUGAAUUUAUCGAAUAAAUAUCAUACUUAAUAUAUACUGUAUAUGAACAAUUGUAUAUUUUAUAAUACAUUAUACAUUAUAGUAUUAUAUUCGUAAGUAUUAAUGUAUAUAAUAAUAAUACAAGCUGGCGUUUUACAAAGUCAAAGUGUAGAUGAAAUGAUCUAUAACCAUCUUAUUUAUUAUAGAAAGAAAACCACUUUACGGUUGUUAAUUAAGCAAUAUCGCCGACAAAGUUUAAAACGUGAAUUCUGCAGUUAUUCAAACAAAAAUAACCAAGUUAGAAUAAAACAUAAUAUGUACCUACAUAAAACAAAGUCAAGAAAUUGGUUUUCUUACUACCAUGUGAUAUACCACAUCAGUUGUUUGAAAUAUUUUUAAAAUGUGUGAUGCGCAUUUUUGUAUUUGCAUAAUAUUUUGCAGAGAAAUUAUUAAUUAAUAAUUAAUAUUUAUAAUAAUUUAUUAAUAAUAAUUAUUAAUUAAUAUUUAUUAUUAAUAUUAAUACUAAAAAGUUAGCUCUAUAUUAAUAAUAUUAAAAUUAAAAUCGGAUAAUGUAUACAUUUCGUUUAAUAAAUUCAAUUUUGUGUUAUUAAUUUUAAUAUAAUUAACCUAGUAUCAAACCUUAUGAUAAAAACAUUAAUUGGCUGUGUUUAUACAUUGGUUUUUUGUUUUGGUAUUUUAGUUUUUUAAUAAAAAAAGAUUUUUUAAAUUGUAAUAUUUCACAUGCUCGUGUUUCGCUUGAAAAUAUAAGUAUCAAAAAAAACCAACGUUAAAAAAACAGAUACUAUUGUACCUUUAGGUUGACAAUAGGCCAAUUUGCUAAAAUAUUAAAAUUAAUAUCACGAAAUUGGAUUUAAUGAAUGAAAAUUUUACAUUAUUCAAUUUUCAAUAUUAUCCGUAACGUAUAGAUUUAUUGGCAACUUAUAGUGGCUUGCAGUUCACAUCGGAGAAAAUAGCAUCAUAUAUAUUAUUAUAUUCAUAAAAUAAGUUUUAAAUAAUAGUUGGUACUCGUAGCUGUGGCUCACUGUGGUUUUAACAUGGACUACAAUUAUUAGGAAGUACUAAUAGUGCGUGAAGCGCUACGAUUAGUGAACCGUGAAGCUAUCUGAAGUAUAUACCAUGAAAUGCCUGCAGUCGACUGCUGUUGCUGUGCUGUAUCAGUGACAAAUGACAAAAGGAAAGCAAAUCAAAAACGAAAAAAUUACUUUUUUUUUCAUUAAAACAAAAAAAAAAAAUGGUUCAUUCACCUUAUUGUAUUUUCACAUAUAUACUGCGGUUUCCUCCACCGACCGUUAAAUUUACAUUAUUGAAUACAUUUUUCGAGCACUAACUACUAGAAUACUACAGUAUUCAUAUUCAAAAAUACCUAUACACAUUUGUUUUUACAUACUUAUAUCGACUGUAUGAAUAAUAACGAUAUUUCAUUUGAUAAUUAUACGUCUUCGAAAAUAAUCGAUCGCCUACCUAUAUCUCGUAUUAAAUACCGACCUUCGUAUUUACAUAUUUUCAAAAGCGUAAUAAUACAAUAAUUCCUUUAUGCGAAUAUUCAGUAAGUGGAUAAUCAAUCUUAAUUUUUUUUUUUAGUAACAUUAUAGGUAUUAAUUUCAAAUGAUGGCAAGAUAAAUUUUAAAUAAUUAUGUAGGAACCUACCUCAAUAAUUAUUAUACAAACUACCUAUAUAUAAGUACUAUACCUACUCUUUUCCAAAUACCUUUUCAUUCCACUUCUUAUGGUCAUAACCAUCAUCUGCACCGUAGCUUCGUUCCAUAUCUGUCUUAGGCUUAAAGAUUUAAAUUUUAAUAAUAUUAACUUAAUUUAUUUUUGUUAUAUUGUAUUUAAUUUCACUUUGUCUGUUAUUUGUUAAUAUCUAAAUCUAUUUCUGUUAAGAUGAAACUAUCUAUGUCAUUUUACUUAUAAAACUGCCACUUGGCGUUAACAAACAAAUAAAAUAUAUAAUUAUUAACAACGUACCUAACUGUAUGUGUUUUCAUCGAGCAAUUUCACUUAUUAUUGCCUCACUGUAUAUUGCUGAGCGGAACAAUGAAGCUAUAUUGGUAUUAAACGAUUCUCACUUUAAACCUAUUAGAUAAAUUCUCAUUAUUUUCGUUAUAAAUUACAUAUUUAAAGCCUUCAAAGGGCGACUCAAUAUAAGAUACGACUAAAAGUAAUUAUUUUAAAAUCAUGCAAUUACGCCUAUAAAAUAUUAUACUUACGAACAAUGCAUUUUAUGACUUGUCGUAAGUUCAAGCCAUGUACAUAAACCUAAAUGUCAUGGCGGUUAGGAAUAUCUACGAUAAAUUAUCGAGUCUGUGGAGUUUUAUAUUUCACGUGCAAUUAAAAAUUGGGAAAGGGCGGGGGGGCGGAAUUUACAAUUUAAAUGUAUGAAAACGCUCAUAGACUCCACGUUUUCCUAACCUAACCAUAGCUAUGUUAUUAAUUUGACUCUGUGUGUUUCAGCAGAAGCAACUGCGUUGCGACAACAACCGGUCCAUCGUCAUCGCGCUGUAUAGAUUGCCAGUACCUAUAGGAAAAAAAAACAACCACCCGGAAAUGGCGUUGAUUGUGCCGGAAGAAUCGCAACGACCGUACCGGUUCGGUAUGACGCUGGUGUGCGUUGGCGCCUUGUUCAACUGGCUAGGAUUGGCUGACCAUCAUACCAAACCCGUGCCGGCCGUCCGGUAUAUCGGCGUGGGAUUGGUCGCUUCGGGCGCCGUGCUCAUAUGCAUGGCCAUGUGCUUUUGGAUGAACAGCGUGCGUGAAGAUGAAGAUGACGUGAGUAAAGUUGAAUAACAAUAGAACAAUAUAUCUUACGAAACGAAAUUCCCGAGAAGCACAAAAACAAACGAGUGGUUUUUAUUAAUAGUCUUUUGAAAAAAUCAUCUUCCUCACGCACAUAUAUAAACACGAUAACCUAUAAAUUAUUAUUCUCUUGUCCAAGUGCAUAUAAUAAUAUAAUAUAAUGUUCAUCAUAUUGCUAUCCUAUAUAACUCCACAUGCCCAAAUCUGGGCAAGUUAACCAAUUUUUUUGGACUAGUUUAAAUUAAGUUAUCCUUAAAAUAUAUAAAUAAUAACUAAGGUGAAUCAAAUAAGGGUAAAUAGAAAUAAAACAGAGAAUAUAUAUAUAUAUAUAGUAUGAGUUUGGAGGAAUAGGACAAAAGGUUAACAGACUAACAGCUAAUGAUAAUAGGCGAUGACGUAAUAUGUGAGGUUGAGAGUUUUAAGUACCUAGAAUAUUUUAUACAAAAGAACAUUGUUAGUUGGGAUGAAGCCGGAGGAAUAUAAAAAAAACUAAGCUGUGUCAAAGUUAAUUUUAAAAUAUAAAUUAAUUUAUGUAAAUAAGUCACACAUUUUCAAGAUAAUGUUAUUAAACAAGUAACUUAAUCUUUAAUAGCUUAACUAUAGUUACUGUACAGCUUUGCUCAUAUCUUCCCUAAUAAAACAUCCAGCUUAAGAUUAUAAUUUUCUUUUAUCACACAAUACGCAGUAUUUGUACUAUUUAUAUAGUAUCAUAAAAAACAAAAAACAAAACAAUCGACUCAAUUUUUCAAUUUGAAAAGCCUUAAAAUUAUUUCAGAAUUUUCAUAUUGUAUAUUAUUUUAUAUUUCAUCUCGUGGAAAUGUGUUAAAACGGGUUAUAAUCUGGUGUGCAUAAGACGUCAGAAAUGUUGUUUCAUUUCGCGGUCUUCCAAUUUACGUUACGUUUGCCACUUUAUUUAUAUAAAGUAAAUAAAUAUAUAAAUAAAAAAUGUACAUAUAAAAAUAAAAUAAAUAAAUGAAUCAAUGCGUCUUCUGGAGUAUUAUGAUAUGAGUCUAUUAUACAAUCGGUUUCGAAUUAAAAAUUCAUCAUCAGGUAUAUCACAGUAUAGUAAAUAAAUAAAUACAUUUUGUAUUUAUAUAUUUAUUUACGAGUAUUAACGAUUUUAAUAAUUUUGUUUUUACUUUAUUAUUUUAGUAUACAUUAUUUGAUUUUUUUUUUUUUUCAUAUUUUAUUCGACAUUUUUGCAAUACGCAGAACAUAUUUCUUCUCCCGUUUUCAAACUCGUAAAUUGUAAUUGUGUUUUAGCCGUGCUAAAGUUAUACGACGUUGUCUUAAUGUAUCAACUAUAUAUUUUCCCACAGAAAAAAAAUCUUUAAUAUGGAACUACUGCAGUACGCACGUACAUGACGUAUAAUACGCAAGAACCCAUAUAAGAAUGUUCAACGAUAGACAAUAUAAAAAUAUAAUAGACAUUUAUAUUUCACUAUAAUAUUACAUUAUUGUAUAUCAUAAUAUUAUUUUACAAGUGGAAAGUAAAAAAAAAAAAACUUUGAAAAAAAAAACAAUCUUUAUACGCAUUUUAGGAUUUAUUCGAUACGGAAUUUCGUUUUAGUUGUUUCGCGUUUGAAAAUUAUGUUGUGUAGUAAGUAUAGGUACAUGCAAAUUAAUAUAAUAAUAUAAUAUUUACCAUUGAUGAUUUUUACAUUUUUCGGUGUUAUCCGAUUAAAACUCAGUAUAUACCUAUCUAUCUCUAACCCUUGAUUUAAAAAAACAGACACCCGUUCGAUAGCUAAAAAAAACUGAAAACAUUUAGAAAGUAAGAAAGUAAUAAUCUGUUCUGGUUUCCAAUUUCUAUAACCACAUUAUAUUAUGUAAAAAAAAAAAAUUAUUUAAAAAUAAUAAUUUCGAGAUAUUUCUUACCGCCUAUUCUAACAAUCGUCGAAACAAAAAAAUAAAACUAAAAAAUGUUUGACUUGUACAAUUCAAUUUUCGUUUUCAAAUGUAUUUUGAAUAUAAUUGGGCAUACUAUCAUGGUUAGGCCACUGUUAUAGGUGAACGUAUAGCAUGUGUAUAGAGUAAUAAUGUAUAUGUACUAUAAGAAACGAUUAAUAAUUGCAAUCAAAAAACUAUUUUGAGCGGAGCUCGGUAAACCGGUAAGGUUAUUAUAGUAUUAGUCGGGUUAUUUUUUUUUUUAUCCAAAACUACAAUCCUGUUCUCUGGUAAUUAAGAAAUCAUCAAAAAUAUAACCUAUUUGUUGUCAGAUUUUUCAAUUUUUUUGAAAAUCUGUUGUAGUAUCUAAAAUGUAAAAUUUAUUUAAGGCCCGGUUUUUCAAUAAUGCAUUUAUUCGUCGAAUAAACUUACUUGGCGAAUAAAUCCCAAAAUAAAAUGAUGAGUGUUUUUGAAUCAAAUUUUAUCUUCCUGACAGUUAUUUGGUGAAUAAAAUGUAUUCAAUGGAUAAUAGUAAUAGUGUAUUGUGGAACAAGUUGCGAUCACCAACUUGAUUAUGAUUGGCCUAAAUUCUUAUUGUCUUUUAGUAAUAUGAAAAAUUAUGUGAUAGAUAACCAUUGUAUUUUUUUACAUUGUUUUUUAUUUUUCAAUUAUGACACUAUGUAUAAUUAACGAUGCUGUAGUUUUGCUAACAACCGUGAAAUCUCCAGCGGUAAUUGAAAACUUCCCAGUAGAAAAAUAUCUUAGAGUAAAUAAAAGUUUGUUAAUGGAUAUCACAGCAUAAUUUCUAAAAGAAUUUUUAUAAAUUUUGUUUUUAUUAUUUUUUAUAAUUGGUGAUAGCUCGUCUAAACUCGACAAAUAAACGUAAUUGAAAAACCAAAUAAAUAAAAUAAUUGAGUGCAUUUUUAUUAACCGAAAAGCGUUUUCCGAAUACAUCUUGGUAAAACUAUUAUUACAUCUUUUACGUGACACUUAAAAUCUAUAACAAUAAACCCAUAAUAUAAAUAUACAUAUUAUAGAAUGAACAAACAUUUUAAAAGAAUGAUAUUUCGUAAAGAAGCACUAAUGAAAUUGUUUUAAAUAUUAUAAAACGCAAUAAUUAAAAUGGAAAAUGUCAGAAAGGCAAAAUAAAAGUUUCAAAGCUGAGUUCAUUGUUACCUGAAUCAUAAUUCGAACUUUUUACUAGCAAAGCUAUAUAUUGAAAAUAUAUUUUGUUAAAACAAAAUACCCACUACAACGUAAAAAAAACGGGUUUUCAAUAUUGUUCCGCGGUAAAUUUGCUCGGUUAUACUUGCACAAUAAAUAUUAAUAUGACGCUUUAUAAUAAAUUAGCAUAACAGCAUCGUUAAAGAUAUUGUUAUUUAUCCUAUACCGAUUGUCGACUAGUAAAAAAAUAAAUAAUAAUAAAACCGAUUGAAAAUAUUAUAAUUAUAUUCGUUGUGCGUUUGUUAUUCAUAUCGGUAGUCGGUAUUCACACAAGUAUAUAAUAUAAUAAUAAUAACUGAAAGUAUUGUUGUGACUGAUAAUAAUAAUAGUAAUAAUAUUGUUUAUCAUACAAUGGGACCGUAUAGUAUAAAAUAUAUUUUCUAUUUGUAACCCCGUAGGCCGUCAUCGCCAUUAGCCACGAAAACUGGACAGAUAUUAUAGUCGUUUGGAUUAUACGUAGGUGCUUAUACGAAUAUACUUAUUUCAUUUCCCAAUAUACGUUUGUAAAAUAUGGUUUGUAAGAGAAAUAUAAAAAUAAUUAUUACAAUACCAAAAUCGUAUACUAUUUAAAAUUUGUCGACAUUAUUAAAUUGCUUAUUAUAUUUUGUAAUAUAAUUUGUUGUUCUCUAAUAGUAAUUCUGUUUUGGAUUGACAAAUUCUACGGAAAAAGUUCAAAGAAUUAGGACAAAUUAUGAGCUAGAGGGAGUAUCCCAAAAUUAAAACAUAUUGAACAUGAUCAAAAGUAAAGUAUAGGAGUAAGGCUGGACAUUAGUGGACAAAGUAGAAGAAUGGACACGCUUAGUGAUGUCAGAAUACACCUAUAUGGAUGGCAAUGAAAGAGAAUUCAUGAAAUAAAAGACCCUGUUUGAAAGGAAAAAAUUUGGUUAUACUUGAGACGUGAAUUUCUAAAUGGAGAAUCAGAUUGGAAAUUUAGAGCAUCUGUCAAGGGAAAUUAGAGAGCUAGUUGUGUGACGGGAUGGUUUUAGUAGUCGAUAUCCCCGAGGAAAAGAAUACAUGAAAUCCUGUUUUGUAUCUUUUACAUUAACGCUGAAAGAUAAAUUUGAAAAUUUAUUGAAACCGUAGGUUUUCAUAGGCGAUUCCUAACGGAUUGUCGGAGUUUUCAUGGUUAGAUUAAAAUGUUUACGGGGUAUUCAGAGGGGUUAAAUUUAUUUGUUUAAAAGUGCACUAGUCAAAACACGUUGUGAACAUCGUGUAUACUCACAGAUAUGUAAGGAUACCUUCAUACCUUGUUCAAUAUUUCUAAGUCGUUAUCUUGUACCAACAUGGAUUUCGAUAAUUCUGCAAAACCCGCCUGUCUGAUUUUUCGAAGCUAGAAAAAUAAUAACUUACUAUUGAGCAUUUCAUUUGUUUUGUACGUGACUAUCACUAUACCAAGUCAAUAUUAUAAGAAAUUUAGAAAUCUAAGUGUUAAAAUAAUUAUAUCUCGUAAAAUCGUAACAAUGUAACAUCUAAGAUACGUUUCAUCUAUUGCUUCGUAUAAUAGCUAGAGAAAAAAAACAGAUUUCGUUAUACACCGUUUUUUAUAUGUCAGUUUCUUAUACCAAUUAUAUGCAGUUAAAGUUUUUUUUUUUUUUUUUUUGAUAGCGUUUGUAAACAUUAUUGGUUCACCGAUUGCUUCACAAUAAUAUAAUAUUCCAAUAGAAAUUUGAUAUACUGUACAAUGUGCCAUAUGCGCAUAUAAUAGUUGCAGGAACACAAUAAUAGUUAUAUCGAAAUAAAACUAUAAUGAUUCUAGUUUUUUUUUUAUUAUUAUUAUCGAUUUAAACAUCGAUUUACAUGCGGACGUUGUUUGAGAAUCUAAGACAAAAAAUCUAAAGUAAAAAUAUAAUCCAAAACCAAAAAUUUCAAAUUAUUAUAAUAUUCCUUCAUAAUGAUAUAUCUAUUCUAACUUAUAAAAUAUUAACAUUUUUUUUUUUUUUGAUUUUAUUGUUGAUAACAAAUUGGAAAAAAAAUGUGUUUUAAUGUGUUCUAUAAUAGUACAGUCUUAUAAGUACGUAAUUUAAAAAUAUUAAUUGUUUAUAGUAACUUUAUUCACCUAUAUUUUACAGAGUACUGUAGUUUAACUGGGUUUUUUGGUUUUCAUCAUUUUAUCCGAUUACCGUAAUUAUAGAUUUUUGAAGAGAGCUGCAGAUAUUUCCGACCAUUUUUACUUAAAAUCAAAUAGAGAUUUUUCAAAAAAUAAAAAUAAUGUCAUUAACAGCGAGAAACAUAAUAUAAUAUUCAUGAGCACGAACUUAUAAUGACGUACGAAUACAAAAAAAAACAAUAAUUAGUAUGUAUACACAGAUGCAAGAAAAAAUAAUAUUUCGUAUAUUUAUUUAAAUGCAAUUUAUUAUGAAAAAUAAAACGUCAUCACGGUAUAUUUAUACAGUUUCUGUAGUGUAUACAAUUCGAGAUAAAAUUGAAAACUUUUACAGUUAUAAUAAUAUAUUACGUAUAGGUAUUAUAUUAUAUUGUCAGACCAUCACGAUGGAAAAACGAUAUCGUCAUCGAAUUCGAAUACCUACACACUAUUUUUAAAAAAAACAAAUAUUAUUUUUUCAAUAAUUCCGCCAUAACGUGAAAAUAUUAUUUGUAAUGAAAAAACGAAUUGUCUCAUUCUGCUACUAUACUGCGCUGCAAAACAAAGAGUUGUAGAAAUAAAAUUAUCUUUUGUAUUUGUAUACAUAUACCUAUUAUUGUUACAAAACUGUUGGGCGGUGAAUCGUUACAGAGGGAAAUGGAAUAUUGUAUUCUUUACACAUUUCCGACGGUGUCGUGUUAAACACACCGCGAAUUUAUACGCUUGACACGUAGGUAUACCGACAACGCGGCGGCGGCGGUUUAUAUACAGAGUGACUCAGUUUUAAUCGACGGUUAUCUAUAUAAAUACUUGUAGAUUUUAAAUACAGUACUUUUUUUUUCACUUUAUCUACUGUAAGUCUAGUAGUAGGUGUUUUGUUUUAUCGCACUUAAAAAUCGAUAUCGAGUUUGCUGCGGAAAUACAUGAAUGUUUUAAGAUGACCCCCGAGUCCAUAAAAGUAGUUUUUAGAGAUUAUUGGUCUGAUAUGUAUCUGCAGUAUGGUUAGGGUAUGUUUUUUUAGCCGAAAUAAUUAAUCGAUUUAAAUCAAAUUUGAUAUUCAAGAUAAGCAUUAUUCUGCAAGGAUUUGACAGUAUAAAGUAAAACAAUAAAUUUCACUUAUAUUCUAACUGCAGGCAUUUUUGAAUUAAUGAAAUGUUCAGUUUUCAUAAAUGGCGCUAAUGGUUUUCAUUAAACUUAGUACUUCGUUUAUUCGUGUCUUAACUUUUUUAAUACAAACGCAUUAAUGAAGGAUACUAACUAAUAAUUAAGGUUAAUAAUAUAAAUAUGUUAAUUAGAAGGAUAAAAAAAAUCGCCCAGUAUAAUAUUGAGCAUUUACGAUGUGUGUGUUUCCUUGAUUUUCACCAAUAAUAAUCAUUUCGAAAAUAUACCUAAUAAAUGCGCAGUAAAUUUACCCAAAUCAAGCGAUAGACAACCGUGAUUUGAACCAUUAAAGUUGACUGUUUGGUAUAUAAACUUUGCUUUGUGUUUUGCAUGUGUAAUGUAUAUAUACAGCGGACGUAGCUCAUAUAAGACUUGCUUUGGGACCAACACAAAGUGAGUCUUAUAAACAAAUAAACCUCACAGGUAAAGUGUUGCUCGCUUUGCCAAUUUAGAAUGUAUUUGGAUAUGUCCGGAUCGUUCCAAGUGAUUUUGAGUUUUAUAAGCUACUAAAUCUUGGAUCAGUGAAUAAGCAAAGUUCACUAUAUAUACAACUCUUUUUUUGAAAAUUAUAAGGAAAAAUAAAAAAAUUAUAACAAACACGUUUAACAAAAUAGGGUAAAAACAAAAGCGACGGACGUGGAGGGUGCGCAUGGGCGCAUGGGUUACACAGAGGCUAAGACUUAUAACGGGGGAUAUACUCUAUACACGUGUAAUUCACGAAAAUUCUACAAAGCGACAUAAUAUUAACACGGCAAUAAUAGUAUAAUAACUAUAGCGACGAAAAAACGAAGCCUAAGAUUGUAAUGCAAUCAACUAAAUAUUAUUAUUGUUUUUUUUUUACAUCGUGAUGUUUCUGUAUAAGUACUUAUAUACCAUACGAAAUAUAGAAACAUAUUGCGUGUGUUUCUUUUUGUAAUACAUUUCCCCGAACUAUAACAUAUAUUAUUGUUAUCAUUAUUGAUUAUUCAAAUGAUAUAGUUAUCGGAAUUUCAUUCUAGCGAACGUUAUAUCAAUUAUUCACGCUGCUAAGUAAAAAAAAAAAAAAACACGAAAAACUGCUACGGUUCUCUGUAUAUUGGUUUUAAAAUUAUUUUGAUUACGUUCAAAUAAAAUUAUACAACCGCAAAGGAAUAUAAUAUCGUCUUGUAAAUAUUCCGUCGCGUAUUAAACGAUCAAUUAUAUGUAUUUUACGAAACGCGCGCGGAAAUAAAUAACGCACGUGUAUUUUGUUCGUAAUUCAAUUACACGUUUUAAUUAAACUGCAACCGGUAGUUACAAUGCACCGGCUUCCGAUAAAUUUCGAAGUACUUGAAUUUAAAUUGCGCUAAAACGUUUAAAUGUACCCAAAGGUGUAGGUAAAGGGAUGUCUGGUCCCCCCCAUUUUUAAAUUACUACAGAAAUGUAAUUCUUUGUUUAACUCCCAAUCACUCCUAUUAUAUACAAUUAAUUUAUAGCCAGAACCCCUACCUUGCCAACACAUAAAUAAAAAUCUAUACCUAUAAUACCUUAAAUACUUGUUUCCGACGUCUCGAAAAUUCUUAAUUAAUUUCGCUAGACAUUUGUUAUUAGUUUUUCUAAUCUAAUUUUUUACGGAUGUGUAUACAUACCCGUAAGAUUAUAUUAUUUGUAUACCUGCAAUUACUCGUUUUGUUCGCCCAUACAACAUGCUCAACAUUUUCACAAGGAGGGGGCAAUAUGAAUAUAAUUAGUUAUAGCCAGCUACAAGUAUAAAACCUUAAGAAGCACGUUCCUGAGUCCUGAUAUUACAAGACCUAUGGAAAAUAUUUUCGAAUCUGAUGAUUUAUCGUUUGAAUAAUAUCACAGCAAAUUUUCAUUUCACGACAGAUCCUCAUCUCAAUAAUAAAUUCCCAUAUAAAUAUUAUAAUAUUACGUGUUAAUACGUGUCAAUUACGUGUUCGUAUGUAGACGAAUACUAGAAAUCGUUAUUUUCAUAAAUUGAAAGCAUCAUGAAAAUCAAAAAGUAUACCAUACUAUUUUUAUACGAUAUGGGUCAUCAAAAUAUUGUUCGCUUCGUCAUAAAACGGAUAUAGACUUUUCAUGUACAGUUUUUGAAAUAAGAUUUUUUUUUCUCACGAAACACGGGUGAAACUUCAUGAUACGAACAUUUUUUCACCGGCUUUGUGCAGUUUGUUUCACGCCCAUGUAUGGCCGUAUAAACCUUUUUAUUCGCAUAUUACAAUACGUUCUAAAAACUACUGUCAUUUAUUAACGUACAACAAUGAAUAUUAAUGUAAUUAAUUAUAUUAUUUGUCAAUUUUAAUAAUAUCAAUAUUUGUUUACUGCGGUAUAUAACGCGUAUUAUAUUAUUAUUAUUAUUAUUCGUAUAGCGUUGGGAAAAAAUUACAUAUUAUAUACUUGCAAGUUUUCGUUCAAUAAUAAAUAGGUAUAUAAUUGGACGUCGUAGGUUUUUGAGGUUAUGUGAACGGCGGUAUAACCUUUUACUAUUAUAAUAUAUAUAUAUCUAGAUACGCGUUAUGGGCGUUUCGGCAAGGCUUGACAUUCUAAAAUCGGUCGUACCAUAUGUAAUUAAAAAGUGUCUGUAGGGAUAAUUGUAUGAUUUAAUAUGGAAAUCAUAUUUUUACAAUAUUUUAUAAUAUGAUUUCCCAAAAAUAGGAGAAAUAAGAGAGGUUCUAUACGCUCGCACGAUGGAAAUAGUGAUUCUUCCGCAAUAAACAGUGAGAUUUUCAACGGAUAAUAAAUCAUUAGAAUCCUAAUUAUUAUUAAGGAUUCGAUCCGCACUCCGGGACUAUCAUAAAAAACAAAAAAAACUUCUUGGAUAUCAAGGACAGUCGGUCUUUUAAAAUGGACUAAAUCCGCUUCCUGUUUAUAGUGAUUCAUUUUGUUUAAAGAAUUUUAUAAAUCGUUGUGAUCUUCUGUAGGUCUUUUAGAUUUACGGACCUGGUUUUGUUUGUUUAGCUUAUAAUUAUAAUCAUAGCUUAUGAAUUUAGUCGUUCGACAAAUGAGGUUAGGUUUGGAUUUCGUGUACUAAAUAUUAAAUCUAUAAAAAAAAAUCGCUCUUAUGAUCGUGAGUCACAGCAGUGGAUUGACAAAUGAGGCGGAUAAGGCGAUGCUUCACCUACACUUUUUGUAUUAUUUGGUUUAUUGAUAAUGUCAUCUUUCAAAAUCUUAAAAUACAUUUCGUUCAAAAUAAUAUGUUUAUAAAAUAUUAUAUUUUCACGUUUUAAAAAUAGAUAACUAAAACUUAAAAUUAACAAAUUAUAAUUAUAAUGAUUUCUAUUUCUGAUAUAGGUAUUCCGCUUCUCCGAGUACCUAUCGUAUUAACAUCCCUUCCACUUGUACUAGGUAAUUUUAAAAAUAUUCUAAUCACCACUCAUACAAGGCUCACUAAUGAGCCUGAUGGAUCUUCAUCGUGAAUGAUAGAAAAUAAAACAAUAAAACGAUGUGAUGUGGUGUUGCACAACACUACGCGUGUCAGUUGUUCACGCUGAUCGAAAAUACUUUUACCACCCAAUUUCCAAUUUUUUAUUUGUUAAUCGAUCGGGUUCCGGUGUAUAUACAGGGUGAUCAACAUGACCUCAGACACGCACUAUCUCGAAAAAUUAAUUAUUUUCGGAAUUGUUUUUUUUUUUUUUGGAAAUUUCUAAAAUAUUAGGUACUUUACCGUUAUUUUUUAUCGUCCUUAUUUUUGGAGGUAAAAAGAUAGUAUAAUGGAACAUUUUUCAAACGCUGCGCCCUACAAAUAUUGUUCUCUCCUAACCGCAAAACGACAAACUCAAAAUGGAAUAUCUCGUCAACGCGUUGAGAUUAAAACUUUUUGUAAGCAACAUGUAAAACUUCAUCUGUUUAUGCAGUUUUUAAUUUAGGUUGCUAUUUGAGAAUUACAAAACUGUUAGCAGUUUACCUCCCAAAAAUAAAGGUGCCAAAAAAUAACGGUAAUACAAAUCGUGGAGCUGCUAACUUCGUACUAUAUCUAAAAAUAAAACCCAAUUCUGAAAAAAAUAAUUAAUACUCCCCGAGAUAAUGAAUAACGUCUAAACGUUAUGUCGAUCACCCUGUGUGCCUACGUAUGCUGGCGGAAAAACUCACCGACAAAUACGGGUAUUGUCGUGCAAUGUGAACACAGGGAAAACGAAAUUAUUAUUUUUUUUUUAAUCCAGGCGGUUCAGCCGAUCGACACACCACGCACAAGGCUAUUGCACUCCGCGGAUCGGUACCGUACACGUGUAUUGUACACGGACACACUUUUACGCUAACAAACGCGCACAAAAAAAAAAACAACACAAACACACCUACACGCGUAAUAAUAUAAUGCGUCUGGCUGGAGAAAGACCUUCGUUCAAGGCAAUUUGGCAACUGUUGUCGGGCCGCCGAGCGUAACGCGUUUUUUACAUUUUUUUUUUUUUAUUUUUUAAUUUUAUGCCCCCUUUUAUACCUCCAAGUAUCGUUUAAAUAUUUCAGCCCGAAAGGAUAAUCCGUCACCGCGGUCGCUCAAUACAACCGUCAGAAUUAUAAUAUUAGUGUAGGUUCGCGAUCGGUUUGUCCACGGACGACCGUUUACAAAUACUAUGUACGUAAUAUUAUUAUUUUUUAUAUUUGGUGUGUGCGUGACGCGUGUAUAAUAACAAGCGUAUAUUUUGCGGUGCAUAAAUAUCGCGGUCAGAUGUAAAACUAUAAUAACGGAACCCCACAACAACGCGGGAGUCUGUAAUCUGAAGUUUGGUUUUGUUCGAAAACGGCACGUUGGCUCUUAUAAUAUAAUAAUACAUAACAGAACAAAUGAUAAUGGAUAGACUGACGAGAAGUGACGAGUUAGAAGCUUCGGUAUAAGAGGGAUGGUUUUAAAAGGAGUCAUAUAGGAUGAGAAAGGUCAAAAGGGGAUAUAGGAUUGAGAGCGAUGAAAUUUAUAGUCCAGAUUUCAUGACAAAGUGCAUUUAGGCGGGAGUGAUCUAAGACAAUUCUUUCCAAUUGAAUAGUUCGAUUCAUCUUAAUAGAUACUUUAAAAGUGAAACUUUUGUUUUGUAUUUUUUAGAAUUUAUCAUGGCUUGUUCAUAUUUUUAGAAUGUUAUUUCGAUUAAAGUCAUUUAAAUCUGGGCUCUAGUGAUGAUGAUAAACAAUUAUUUAAAUAAAUAAUUAAAUAAUAAUUACUAGGUGUGCAGACUAUAUGUAUGAGGAUACUGUACUCUGAUGAUGUGGGAGAUCAGGGUCCGGAAAUUCAAGAUCGAGGUGGCCAAUCCACGUAAAAUAACCAGCGAAAGAAGCGAAUGAAAAAAAAAAGAUUUUUAGUAGUGAGGAGUAUAUUAUAUGUAUGGUUAUUGUAUGAAAAUUCGUGUUAUUAUACGUGAAAAUCUCGGCAGUCGAUCUAAGAACUAAUAAAACGCGACCGCACCUUGUAAUUACAAUUAUUUUUGAAGGGAAAAAAAUGUUCGCCAUAACGGUGUCCGGCUUUGUGAGGACGUUCCACCUUGCACUCAAAUAGCAAAAACGUGUUCACGCACAUCGAUCACGAAUGAUUGACAAGUACGAUAAUUUGCGGCUAAACGGCGGCCUACCUAUCUACAUCUAUACUAUACAAAUUAUUUUACAAAACUCGAGAAAAACGUUUUCGAGGGCAUCAUCACAACUCUACGUCCGGUGGCCCCUAUUUUUGUAUUAACGUGCACCAUUCAUGGUUACGGUUGCAGUUUUAGAGUUGUUACUUUUGAGAAGAAAAAAAUCCGAAUCGUAACAUAUAUAUUUAUUUAUAUAGCGUGUAACGAUAUUCCAGAAAACUCACGAUGCACUACUUCGAAUACCGUAGAUAGGUAUGUACAUUAUUGUAGUUUUCCAAUUGUAUAUCGUUUUACUUUAUCACUCUGUAUACCACAACGAAUAACUCUGAAGGUACCCGAGACUCGAAAACCAGCGAAAAACAGAAGGGUUUAAGUUCACUUUUAACAAAAUCAAGGUCACGGCGUUUUUCUAUAUAAUAUUUAAUUUUUUGUUAUGUUAAAUUUGAUAUCGUUCGAGAUAUUAUACGUGUUGUAUUAAGACACAAUAUUUAAAUGUAUGGAGAAAUAAUAGAGCUGGCGACAGCCAGGACCAGUGCCGGCAAAAUCUCACAAGGUAGGGAGGCAUGCCAUACAAAUUGCCGACACAUAGUAACUUUUCUUCUGAUUUGCAUAAAAUGUCCGACACAAAAAAUAUUUAAAAUGAUAACAUUACAGAUAGAGAAAAAAUCACUAUAAAUUUCAGCUUGAAAAUUGGAAUCGGAAUCGACGUUUUUAGGAUUCAACCUUUUUUGAUGCCUUUGAAAAUCAAUAAUUGGGUCUACUUUCAUUUUCAACGAAAACGCUUUGGCACUUAAACACUGCAAGUCUGGUUUAUUAUAUUCCGUAUUUAUUUCAAUGAUUUUACUGUAGGUAUAUUUUAUAACAUAUCACCAUCUAUGUCUACAAAUUGAUCCUCUUUGAAAUAUUUGUAGAUGUUAUUAUAUUGCGUGUUAUUCAAAAAUUAUUGGUUAAGGAGAAGUAACAACCGUAGAAAAAUAUUUGAUUUUCAUGCAAAGAAUAUGCCAACUACCGAUUAUCGUCAUUAUUUACUAUAUUGUACUGGAUAGGCCCUUUCAAUACUACUCGACGGCUCGUCUCGCUUAGCAAAUUUUAAUUUUGUAGAUUUCGAGUAGCUAUGAAACGGCUUUAAUAAUAAAUGCUGAUUUAGCUAUAAUAUUGUAGUAUAAUACUUUACAACAGACGAUUUUUGAAGUUACUUCUUUAAGAUUCUGAUAAUAUCUAUACACCACUAGCUACCGUAAAUAUAGAUAUACAUGACCUAACCAUCACCUUCCAUGAAUUAAUAUCUUCUGGUCAUCUCUUACCACGUUAUAACGUAUUAGAAUAAAAACCACAAUGACCCAAGUCGGAAGUAUAGUUGUACUGAAACGGAAUAUAACUAUCCAAGGACAUAUAUUUGCAAGACUCUGAUCCUUUUUGUCUGUAUAAGAGAUAUAGUGUGAUAUAUUUUAGUAUUUUGGUUAUCCUAAUAAAACGAUUGAAAAUGAACUUAGCCUCAUUUGUUGGCCGGGUUGUGGGUGUAUGUAUACCUACGUACUACAAACAAAGAUAAUAUUAUUAUAAAUAAUGAACCUUGGUGAAAAGACUUCCUCUUAAAGAUCUUUAGGGCGAAAAAAAUAGAUAAUUAAUUUACAAGAAACGUGUGUGUGUCGAAACGACAUUAUUAUAAUAUAAGUAUAUUACACCGACUCGGACUGCGUUAAUUGUAUAGAUUUACAUAAUUUAAGUUGUAAAAACUAAUUGAAAUUCGUUCGGUUUUUUACGGGACCACGUGAAGUUCAGCCGUAGGCAUCGCAUUGGUUUGUGUCAAUUUACACAUGGCCAUCACAGCUGCAGUGAUGGAAAUACGAUCAAAUUUACAUAGCCUUGGUGUUUUUAAUUUUCACACAUUUUUUUACGGUAUCGUAUUGCUUCAUAUACGAUAUAUCGGUCAUUUGAGAUUCUCGCGACUUAUACAAAAAUAAAAUGUUUAAACGGAUUUGUAAAAAAAAAAAGUAAUUUUAAUAAUGAUGAUUUAAGACGAUUAUUUUUAAUAACUAAAUCGCGUGUAGUCCUGCUUACCCACAUAAUAUUACAACAAAUGAUACAUAAUAAUUAAAUUAAUGUAUUCUAAAUUUUUGUAUAAAAUCUCUGAAAUAUUGUUGUACACGGCUACGGCGAGUUAGUGAACGUCAUUAUCGUGUCGGAUACGAUUAUGCAGCGUAAUAUUUUUAUUCUCACAUUUUUUUUAUUUUUAUUUUUUACUAAUUUAGUUCAAGGUGAGAUGCGCUCGAUUAUUAUUUUCGACUUCCGACAUCGACUAUACGUCAUAAUUGUACCGUAUUCGAAACGAGACUGAGCUUUAAAGUCAUUAAAGAACGCGGAACCGCCCGUAUUUAAGGAGUCACGUAUAGGCAAUGUUUACACUUUUUCAUUUCCAAAAUAUUCGAAAUAAACAUAAAUGUAGUGCCGUGUCGUUAUCACAAUUAUUUAUUGUGUUAUUCAAGAAACUGUUUAUCGCGAGAUAAAAAUUUAACUUGUUCCGUAUUUAUAGUAUAUAGAGGUACCAAAAUGUCAAAACAUGAAAAUGCGAAAAAUUUUAACUAUGCUACACCUUAAUUAUUUUUUCGAUGACACUGUCCAAUAAUUAUUUAUAACUAACUACAAAAACCGAAAAUUUACCAACAGUUAACUUUAAUUGGUAACAAAAAUAAGCACACUGUAGCACAGAUUAAGUUCUUUUUUAUGUGUUUUGAUAAUAUGGUAGGUACCUCUACUGAUGAAUCUGCUAUACCUAUGAAAUGAGUUAAAUUGUCCCAUGCAAAAUAGUUUUUAUAAGCAAAUUACCGGUGGUGUCGGCGGCGUCAUAUUUUCUAAUCCGUUCGUUAAUCCGAACGAUUAUGUGCAGAUCGAAAUAAAUUAAGUACCCUGGACACUGUUCGACAAGGAGUAAAUCAUUUUAGUUACUACAUUAUCAUGGUAUUUUUAAAAAAAAGUUUUGCCCGGUCCGUGUACACGACUCAGACAGUAAAGAUUGUUUUCUUCUACUUUAUUUUAAACUGUUUUCUACGUAGAUUCUUGUAAAUUUUUCGAAAAACAAAAAAAAGUAAUAAUAAAAAAUUUAAAAUUUUUAAAUUAUCUGUCAUCGCUUUUAAUACCUAAUUAACUUACGAUGUCUCAUACCUUACCAAUUUCUCAUCACAAUUGUACGCAGUAGAUCACCCGUGUUGCGCUAUCAGUACGUACGGAUUCAUUUUUACGUUAAUAUAUAUGAGCGAUAAAUCUCAAAAUUAGUAAUAUUAUCAUUUGUUGCGUGUGAUUUAUCAAAAAAAAAAAAAAAAAAAUAACCCAUAAACCAACGCGUAAGCCAGAAUGUGUACGUAAUAUGAUGUCAUAUUUAUCCUUCGGAUUCGUCGUCAGUGAUGCGGUCUUGAAAACAAAAUCGGUCUUACAUAGCCAACAGCAAUAGCAAUAGUAGCAGCAGUAAUUACAUAAUAAUAUCAGAAAAUAAUGAUAAAUUAUAUUAUACGACGUUCAACCGUCCGUGUACGAACAGGAUAAAAAUACGAAUAACAAAUAAUAUAAUGGUAAUAAUAAUAAUAAUAAUAUAUUAGCUUGGGAAUUUAUUUUCUUCUUUAUUAUAUUACUACGAGCGCGGUUCGCGACGAGUUACGUAAAAUCUAAGUGGGAAAUAAUAACGUUACCGAUUAUUAUUGUAUAUUAUGGAAUUAUUUUAUUAUAUAUAAUUUUAGAUGAUAUAAUUCCAUGACGUAUCGCUCAAAAACAAAGCAGAAAUGAUGACGGACCUUAUCCGGCAAAUUAUUCGCUAUGAUUUUUGAGGAAAUUCAAUAUAGGUUGUUUGAUCAAUCUUUUACAAUAUUGUACUCUUAUUCUAUGAUUUUAGAAUCCAUAUUAUUAUUAAUAAUACUAAUACGACUAAUAAUACUUUGCUCAUAAUAAUUUUCCAUUAUUAUUAUUUUAUCGUUGCGUACAGAUAUAAGUAAAAUUACUCUAAAAUUCCAAAAAUUUUGAGAUUAUAACGUUUAAUUCUUAGAAAAAUGAUUAAUUUUCCUUAAUUUUUAUUAGUAUGAAUGGAUACUCUAAAUUACCAAAAGUGGCAUAACCAUUAACAGUAGUUAUCAGCCUUUGAAAAAAAAGUUGUUAAUAAUUAUCAAAAAAAAUAGUACAUUUUAUGUGUAUUUGCACACCCCUUCCCCCUUCCAUUUUGGGUAUCUAUGUAAAAUCUCAACGUGUGCCCGACUAUAAUUUAUAAUGUAUUCGAUACAAACAUCCAAUCUAGUUUUUUAAGCAAACAAAAUAAUGACCUCUCAUGUAGGUAAAUAUGCUUGGCUUACUCGGUGAAACUGCUUGAAUAUAUUGACUGCCAGUCUAAUACACUCAUAUUUUGUGCACAUAUUUUGUUUAUAACAAUUCCGUUGCUUAAAUAAUGUAUUUAUUCAAAUUCUGUGUUUUGAAAAAUGCAUAUUAUUUACAUACAUAAAGAUUAAAGACUAAUAUUAAAGUCAGUGGCGUUACCACAAGGCAAACUAAAUUUACGACGAUACUAUUAACAUGCUGAAAAAUAAUAGGUAUACUGCAUAUACUCUCAAAUAAUUUUUCAAAAAAUGAAUAGUAAAAGUUUUAAUUUUAUUCGUUUUAAUAUCGAUAUCACAAACAAUUAUCUUAAACAUUGAAACGUCACGGAACACUAAAUUGUAUACGUAUGCGAGUGAAUAACGUGUCAUGUUAUUGAGUGACAAACCAGGUGUAUAAACUGUACAAUUUAUACACCUGGUACGUAUCAGUAACCAUAACAUUAAUACACUUUACUUUCGAUAGUAAAUGUACAUAUCUACACAUGAGAAUAACCUAUAAAUCACUGAUCUUAAUAAAAAAAUUAGAACUUCGAGUUAUCCAUGAACUGUUCGAAUUAAACGCGAUUUUUUUACAUUGUUCAAUCAGGAAAUUCUAGAGAUCGUGAAAAAAGUCCAAGGUAUCAACGAUUUCAAGUUGGUAAAGUUCGACUAUAUUUUUGCAAUUUACAAUUUUUGGUUUUUUGUAAUGUUAAGUGCUUUAUUUUGAUAAAAUGUAUUUAAUUUUUUUAUAAUUACUAUAUUUUAUUUCCUAUAUAAAGUUUAAAUCGCAAGAAAGAUAAAAAAAUUGUUAUGUGUGCCAAAAACAAAAUGUAUGGGAACAAACACGCCAUUGAAUAUAAUACUGAAAUACUGAAAUGUUAUUUAAUAUAGUUGUAAAAAAUGAUGGCUUGGGGCUAUAUAAAGUUUUGUUUUUAUUUUUUUUUUAACAAGAAUAGCAUUUUUUUUUUUUUUUGCAUUAACAUAAUUUUGUUCAACCUAUUUUACUGAAAUAUUUUGUAUACAUGUACAUAUAUUUAAGAUGAAAUUAAAAUAAUAUUUUUUCAGAAGUUAGUUUCAUAAAAAAAAAAAGGGUUUUUUGUUUGUAAAACAAAAGUUUUUGUGUUGUAGUCUAAACCUAGGAACAAUGAAAACAAUUUUUUGAGGAGAGGUUAAAUAUAAAUUUUAAACACGAGUAAUAUUUGAACGUGCAGUUUUAUAUUAUAAAUCUUUUUUUGUUUGUUAUGUUUUUAUUACGUUUCUAUAGUUUUUCUGGGCCCGAAAAAUACUGCAGUCCUAUUAGGCCGGCUUACCAUUAAUCCGAAUCUGGAGUCACUUGAGGCUGUAGCCUUAUUUUUUAAAAUAUAAAAGUAGGGCUGAUUCUGCUGGGACUUUGGAAUGGUAUUGUGGGAGGGAAAGCUGUCGAUGACUCUAGAAAAAAUCUCCGAAAACGCACAUGCAGGUUUUAAAGCGCCUUAUAUAAUAAGCUCUUCUCUGACACAAUUCAACUGGACACAAUUUUAGCUCAAACUAGCUUUUCGUUUUCCUUAAUAUUGUCACGUUUAUAAAUAUUUGACAUUUCGAAUUUUGGGAGGAAAUGAAACCAUCAUAAUAUACUGAUAUACAUAGGUAUACUUAAUAUAAAUUCAAUCGUAAGACACUACAUUUAAAAUUACACGACAUUGAACAUAUAUUGUGCAGGGUACAUACACGAUUUACGAUAAAUCAUUUUGCUCGCGUACAAAAUUGAUUUCCUAUUAUAUACGAAAACCACAGAUAUCUAUAUUAUAAUAUAGUAUAAUAAAGAUAUCUGUGACGCAAACGCGGACGAUACUUAUAGAUUGGUACGAUUUAAUUGAUAACCAUUAAAAUGGAAUUAAAAUAGGUCUAGAAAGCGGUGACGUUUUCAUCAACGACCUAACAACUGCACACUUUUACGCAUUACUAUGUAGGUAUUAUACGAGUUGGUAUUAUGAGUUUAAAAUAAUAUGAUACGAUUUUAUUACGAAUUAUUAUAUUGUGUUAUAGUCAAUUUUUACAAUACUAUUUUUUCAAAAAAAUUACCUAUGAAAAAACAGUUUGGAAAGUUUCAUAUAUAUUAUUAAAUGUUAUAGUCAUAUUAUGUUUGGUGAAAAAACCACUAUCAUAUUUUAAUUCACAAAUAAAAACAUAUAAAUAAUAAGCAGUUGACAAUUAUUUAUAGUUACCUGAUCAAUCAAAAUCAAUAAAUUAUAAAAAUUUAUUUAAACAAAAACUUUAUCUAUUUAUGGAAUUGUUGAUAUAGAUUACCAUAUAAAAAUUUGAAAUGUGGUCAUCACCGAACAUGAGAGUUGCAAACAAAUAAAGCUAAUGUAACAUUUUAGAAUACUUAUUAUUAUGGUUCUAAACAUUUUUACGUAAGCCAUUAAUGGACAAACCAAGUAUAUUAUUUAAUUUACUAAGUGUUUAAGGGACACCGUUGGUGGAUUUAAGGGUAGACAACGUAGCAAUCACCCCCUAGUCUUCUAUUUAAAUCGUUAGUUAUAAAUUAUAUAGGUAUACAAGGUCAUAAUUGGAAGAGGAAAAUAAUAGAUAUCCAGUGAUGGACGUUUAAACGUAAAAAUACGAAUGUAUAGUAAGUUGAACAAAUCGUUGACCCCCCGCCCUCCCUUAAAUGAGCUUCAGAUCAAAACCAAAAACACAAUUAUAUAAACAAUAAAAUAGUAAAAGUUUCAUUAAAUUAUUAUUGAAUAAAAUUGUCUUAAAUAAAUUGAACAUUGAAUUAUAUAUAAAGUUUUUAGGAUUAAACAAAGGCAACGUAGGGGAGAUCAAACUCCCAUAUCCUCCCUCCUGUGUAUACAGUCCUGACUGCGUUAACAAAUUAUAGUAAUUUGUGUUGUACACGUAAUUCAACGGUUGCCUGUCCGUGUAUUUUGUCUUUGCAACGUGCAGCGCAAAAGUAACAGAUAGGUACCUAUAUAAUAAUAAUAUGCACAGUUCGUUAAUUUCGAUAUUAUGUUCAAAAAUUGAUUGGUUCCGAAUGUGCGUAAAAUAAGACCGAUACAAUAUUAUAUUAUUAUUAGGUAUAUUAUCCAUUAUAAUAAUAUUAUAUACGUAGUAUUAUAAAAUGUUAUAUAAAAUAUAAUUGACGCGUUAUUAUGUUGUUUUACACCUAAAACGUAUACAGUAUACGCAAUGUUUAAAAAUUAUAUAAAAAAUUGGAAAUUAUUUUUUAUUGUUUUAAAUGGUUACAAAAUGAUAUAAAAACGCUCGUAACAGUCGUGACGAUGACCGAGACCGAUUCUAUACCAGAUACUUAAAUUAUACCUAUUUAAAGUACUAUAAUAAUACACGAAUUUUGUGUCGACUAUAAUUUCAAUUAUAUGCAACCCGGCAAUGAUAAUUAUUAAUUAAAUCGCUUAUUUCGGGAGUAGGCUUUUUCACUUUUUGAGACACUCAAUACCUAAUAACUGCCUUACGGCUAUAAAACUAUUUAUUUUAAACCUCCAAAAAUUACUGAAAAUACUCGACUACUUGAGCUCUACAGCUAAUACCGUCUGCAGUUGGUCAUCGCUCAAAUCCCGAAUCCCAAAACGUCCCCCUGACACGGUCUCUCGCAUCAUUUAUGUAUACGUGACGUGCACAUACUGCACGCCACCCCAGCAGUUCUCAUCAAUAUUAUCACUUUCAAUCAUAUCCUAAAUCGGUCUUCCACUGUCCCUGUAAAGGUUGCAAUUCCCCGUCUUAUGCAACUUAAUAUUAUCGAUUGAAUGAUGGAAGGGGUGUAGGUCUAUAUUAUUGUCAUGUGACGGCUAUAUUAAAUUCUACGUGUUUUUUUUUUGUUUUUGACAGGAGUCGAUCGAUCACAUCCACGUUAUAUCGUUGGACCCGCCGGUGAGGCUGGACGAGAAGCCGCCCGAUUACGCGACCGUGGUGGACGUGCCGCCGCCCAGUUACGACGACGCCAUAAAGUUGGACCCACAGAGACUGCUGCAACUGACGACCCCCACGGCGACGGACACGUGCGCCAUAACCGUGGUACCGGACGAGUGCGACUGCAACAAGACGUCGUCGUCCAACAACAACGGCGCCGUGGUGGUCGCGGUCGACGGAGACUCGGCCACGGGCACGACGACGCUCGCGCAGGCCAUCCGGAAGAGCAUACGCGACAUACGCAAACAGCUGACAAACACGGUUAGUGACGCGGCGACUGAUGUAGAACAGCAACAGCAGCAGCAGCAGAGCAGUUCCGAACAACAGGCCGCCGCCGCCGUGGCCGUCUCCGCUGUCGUCGCGGAUACAAGUCCCCAAAAGCCCGACGCCACCCCCCGGACCACGGGCGUCGAACAAUAGCGCUAGUGCAGUGGUCACGUUAAUUCUUCCACAAGACUGAAACGAUAUAUUAUUGUAUUAUGUAUUAUGUGUAUGUAUUGUAUAUGUAUAUAUAGAUAUUAUUCACCUAUCUAUCUAUAUAUUAUAUAUAUUUAAAGGAAAUAGGUACGCGCGGUUAAGGCGUUUACAAAGACAACAAAAAUAGCCAACCGCGGACGUAAUCGAUAACCUAACCUAAACAAAUCGGUAUUCGUAUCGUGACAGGGUUAUCUAUAUACGCCCUAUCUAAUUAUAGGGUGAGAAAGCGAUUUUUCGAGAACAGAUUUUUUGUUUUCUAGUUUCUCGCGCGGAACCAACAAAUAGGGUUUAAACCACCGGGCUCACCGUAGUCAGGAGGCAAAGUAAAGAAAAUUUUUUACGUACCUUUAAAACGGAAAAUGUCACGUUAUUUGCAUUAUCUUUUUCCGAUCGACCGAAGUUCAUAUUCCCAAUUUAAAUUAUUAACUUAUCAACCGCACGCCGUUGUCGUCAGACUCCGAUAGGUUUUAUUUUAUUUUCAUCAAGAGUGAUUUGACUUUGUGUGCAUAUUUAUUGUUUAACCACUUGUGGUUACAGCCGCUUCAAAAUUUAUUUGUCAACGUUUAAAAAUUACUUUAAUUAAAUUUCUCAUUUGUGGAGUUUUUUUAAAACUAUUUUUUCUUAUCUGAAAAACAAAUUUGUAUUGAUGAUUUCUGAUAUUGUGUUUCUAUACACUAAACGAACAUUAAAAUUAAUUCAUAAAAUAUAAUUCACUAUACACGAGCAAUAGAAUAGUUUGAACAAUUUUGAAAUUUCCGGUUAAAUAAUUUUUUUUUAAUAUGUACUUCUUAUUUUUUUGGACGUGUAUAUUUUUGGAAAUUUCAAAAUAGCAAGUAAAUAAUCAAAACUAUAUUGUCAUUAUAUUCAAUAUGAUAUUAAUGGACAUUUUUGUUUCUUUAUUGAUAUUUUUCCAGAGGUUGAACUAUAUAUUAUAAUUUAUAAUAUGACUGAAUAUGUUUACAAAAUAAUUAGUCUAUGGAACAAUAUUACAAUAUUUAAUUAUGUUGUAUGUUUGAAAUAGAUUAUUAUUAAAUAAAUAUUGUGCUCGAAAAAAAUAAAAUAAAAUGUGUAUAUUGUUUUGAAAAUAAACUUUUAAAUUGAGUUCUUCUUUCAUUUCUACAAAUCUUGUUAUUUUUUUUUAUUUAAAAUACAAAUGAAAUCUGUACAAUGUUAUUAUUUCCAUAAAAUCAAUAAUAAUUAUAUAAUUAUUACAUACCAUUAUACCCCUACACAAUUGGAAUGCUAACAAUAUCUUUAUCUAAUCUCAACCAAUAAUUAAUAAUGUAUUGAUAUUUAGCAUUAUACAAUUAUACCGGAAUCUCUACGAAGAAUAAUAAAUAUAAUGAUGAUUUUAAAACAGGUUUGCCAAUUUUAGUCUAUUAAGAAUAAUCUUGUCCAUUAGACCGACGAAAACUCGUCUCAUUCAAAUAUGUCUGUUGCCACGAUGGGCGCAGAUAUUAGCCAUACUGCUGCCGCCGACGUGCCGCAGGUAUAUACGUAGUGAACAAUAAUAUUGCACUAUUUUCACUUAAUUACAUGUAUUGGUACCUAUUUGGUUUUAAUAAUUAUUGUACAUGAUAUAAGCAUUGUGUUUAAAUAAUAAUAAAAUAUUAAAAAUAAUAAAAGUACAAGAAACAUAACAAAGAAAAAAAAAACUAUACAUUAUAACAUUAUAGGUAAUAAUUAUUACGAUUGUAUUAUGAUGAUCAUCUGUAUACGGCUGUCAAUAGCAAUGGGUAACGGCAGCAUUUAACAACUAACGACCAAUCACAGUGCACCUGACUCUCGCCAAGCGGGUUGAACGGCUGCCGGAGGCUCAGUUGCAUGCAUGAAAGUGGGCAAGAUUAUUCUAAAGAGCGUAUAGUUCACCAACAACACAGUGUUUUGUAAAUAACAGAGAAUUUUUAGUUUCGCUAAAAUGUUUAUGUUAUGAGAGUUGUAGGCACCAAAUAAUACUUUACAAUUACAAUACAUUCAGGUCUUUAAUUAAAGUUAAAACAGCUAAAAGCCAAAAUAUAUGCUUAAAAGGACAAAAAUUAACACAGACUAGUAAUGAUAUUAUAUACAAAAUAAAAAAAUAUAUUUAUAAUAACUGUGAUUGGCAACAAAGUAUAAUACACUAUUGUUAAAAAUUGAAAAUAAAUUAUUCCGCUCCCAAAACAAGUAAAACAACAAUAUUAUAAUCCCAGUAUAAUUCCGAUAUUCAGGUAAGAAUAGACGAUCCACUACAUGGAUAACGAAAAAGAUGCCGACCCAGGGGUUGCACUCGAUGAUUGGCUGCCAUCAUCUCUAUCGUCAUUUGAAUUAAUUUGCUAAAUAAAAAAAAAAAUAUAUAUAUAUAUAUUUACAUAUGUAAAUAUAUAGAC